ACACGCGCACAGAAAACACACACAGAGAGAACACGCUAACACACACACGCACACACACACACACGUUGGAAUCAGUCCGUCUGCGACCACCAUGAGGAGCUGCUAACACACUCACUCAGGCGGGCAUCAAACUUUCUUCAGCUGCUUUUUACACCCUCGAACGAAGAAUUACUUGAAGGAAACAGUUCGCUCGACGGUCUGGACCACAACCUCAACCUUUUUUGACUGUGUGAGGGGAAGUGAAAAGCAGUUUUAAUGAACCAGUACACGCUAGCCGACACCAUGACCGAUAAAGGAAACUUGACAGUUCCCAAGCUGUCGGAGUCCAAUAUGGGAUUUGGCGUGCUCGGAGUGUUCUUGGGUCUGCUCCUGGAGGUGUCCACCCACGGACCCCAUUCUGUGCCUCGGACUUCGUGGAGACAUCAAGAUUUAGAGCUGUUGGAGUUUUCUGAGCCGGGCAUCUUCAACUACUCCACGCUGCUGCUGAGCGAGGACAGAGAUGCGCUCUACGUGGGCGCCAGGGAAGCCAUCUUUGAACUUAGCAAGAAGAACGUGACCGUCCGAAACAACAAGGCUCUGUGGCAGGUUGGCGACCGACCCAUAGCCAUGUGCACCCUCAAGGGGAAGUCAAAAGAGACCGACUGUCUUAACUACAUCCGAGUGCUGCAGGUCGUCGACAACAAGCGGUUAUACAUCUGUGGGACAUAUGCCUUUCAACCCCAGUGUGAUUACUUGAACUUGGCUGACUUUUCCCUGGAGGGUCGAGCCGAAGACGGCAGGGGGAAGUGCUCUUUCGACCCUUCGCAGAGCUUCACCACCGUCAUGGUUGAUGGAGAGCUGUACUCGGGGACUGCAUACUUCUUGGGGAGUGAGCCCAUUAUUUCCAAAUACUCACCAUCUCAGUCUCUACUGAGAACGGAGUAUUCCACAUCAUGGCUCAAUGAGCCGAGUUUUGUUUUCGCCGAUGUGAUAAGGGAAGGAGACACCAGAGUGGAUGGCGAGGAUGAUAAAAUCUACUACUUCUUCACCGAGGUGUCCGUGGAGUACGAGUUCUUUGGCAAUCUGCUCAUUCCGAGAGUGGCACGUGUUUGUAAGGGUGAUCUUGGAGGACAGAGGACACUGCAGAAAAAGUGGACAUCUUUUCUAAAAGCCAAGCUGGUGUGCUCCAUGCCCGAGCUCAACUUUGUCUAUGUGGUACACGAUGUCUUCAUCCUGAAGGGUGCAAGUUUGAAGGACACGGUCAUCUAUGGGGUCUUCACGUCCCAGUGGUCAGGGUAAUGUGGCUUGUCGGCCGUGUGCGCCUACAACUUGACCACAGUGGAGAAGGUCUUCUCCGAGGGCAAGUACAUGCAGAAGGCCACGGUGGAGCAGUCCCACACCAAGUGGGUCCGCUACAAUGGCAUCACUCCGUCACCACGUCCUGGAGCAUGUAUCAACAGCCACAUGCGGCAGCACAUCAACAGCUCCAUGCACCUCCCAGAUAAAACCCUGCAGUUUGUCAAAGACCACCCCCUGAUGGAGGACCCGGUCCUCCCCGUCGGCAACAGACCCCGCCUCGUUACCAAAGACGUCAACUACACACAGGUUGUGGUCGAGCGGGUCCGCGCACUUGAUGGCAACAUCUACGACGUCAUCUUCACCACAACAGAUACGGGGGUCCUGCACAAGUCGGUGGUUAUCGGCGGAGUCGUCCACAUUGUGGAAGAGAUCCAGCUCCUAAAGUCGGAACCCAUCAAGACCUUAGUGCUGUCGUCCGAGACGCGAUCCAUUUACGCUGGUUCCGACUCGAGAGUGGUGCAGUCACCCACAUCCUUCUGUGGCAGGUACCGAUCCUGUGACGACUGCAUACUGGCCCGAGACCCUUACUGCGCCUGGGACCCUCACACUGCUCACUGCGUCAAUAUCCUUGAUGCACCCGAACCAGCAGCUUAGGUGACUAUAACAACUCAUAUGUUGAGGCUAAUUCAGAGUCUUAAUGGUGAUGCAGACAAAUGUCCUAAAGCGCCAGGUAUGUCUCUGAAGGACUACCAACUAGUGACUGUGAAGCCGGGGAGCUCCGCUGAGCUGCCCUGCCUGCUGCGCUCCAAUAUGGCGCACGUGCUGUGGAAAUCCAACGGCUCGCUUCUCACCGAGGCCUCCCGCUUCCACUUCAUUCGUGAGAACGGCCUCCUCAUUUACAGCGUGGCUCCAGAGGAUCAGGGCCGCUAUGAGUGCUGGUCGGUGGAGUUCACCGCCGCUGUCGGGAAGAACUUCACCAGCCUCCUGGCAGGAUACGUCUUGAGUCUCGAUCUCCCGCCGAGAGGCCCACGUGUGGGCGGCAACGCAGCGGCGACGACAACCCUCCAGAACCGAGAGACCUUAAGCGCACGUGAUGGCGAAGGUAACGUUGACACCGACGGAGCGCUAACUCCAGCCCUUGCCCCUCCCAAUUUCACAGCUCCGGUGAUGCUCACAUCCCCGCCCCACUCUUCACUAACCCCGCUCCCUACAAAGUCACUGCCAAAGCAGCAUCUCCCGCCAAGGGACGGCGUGACCCGCCCUGACAACGCCGAGCCCGAGGCGGAAUACUUGCAGCAAAGCAACAGCAUAGCGCUCCUCUUCCUCUUCCUCCUCUUUUUCCUGCUCUUCCUGGCCGCCAUGGCGUACAACUGCUACAUGCAGUACCUCCCGGCGCCCUGCCUGCGCCUGCGGGCGGCCUUGCUGGGCACACACAAAACCGCCAGUCAGCCAGAGUACCGCGCUUGUGAAGCAGGCCUCAUGGAGGCACCCGGCACAGACAAAAUAAACAUGACGGAGCCCACGCCCACGCAGAACGGCAGCCAGAAUCUGCGGGCGCUGCGUGACACCGGCUACGAGACUGAACCGGAGUGCGGCAACGGUCGGGUCCCUUCCCACAGUUUCGGAGAUGAAAGCUCAUCCCAGGAGAAACCCUUUGACGUGGACUGCGCCUCCCAGCCUAUUCAGUUUGCAGAUGCAGAUGAACCUUACUGCUAGCCUGAAACCUCACCUUACGCUCUUGCUGCAUCUUUGCAUAAGACACUGCAUCCAGAAAGUAUUCACAGUGCCUGACUUUUCCUCAUUUUGUUUUGUUACAGCUUUAUUCCAAAAUGGGAUUAAAUAUUUUUUGUUCUCAAAAUUCUACACACAAUAUCCCAUAAUGACAAUGUGAAAACUUUUUUAAAAUUUUAUUACAAUUUAUUACAAAUUUUAAAAAAAAUCAUUAGAGCCUUUGCUCAAAGCUUUGUUGAUGCACCUUUGGCAGCAAGUAUUUUUGAAUACGAUGCCACAAGCUUGGCACACCUAUCUUUGGGCAGUUUCGCCCAUUCCUCUUUGUUGCACCUCUCAAGCGCCAUCAGGUUGAAUGGGAAGCGUUGCUUUUCCUCCAGGAUGUCUCUAUAUAUUGCUGCAUUCAUCUUUCCCUAUAUCCUGACUUGUCUCCCAGUUCCUACCCCUGAAAAACAUCCCCACAGCAUGAUGCUGCCACCACCAUGUUUCACUGUAGAAAUGGUAUUGGCCUGGUGAUGAGCGGUGUAUGGUUUCCUUCAAACAUGACGCCUGGCAUUCACGCCAAAGAGAUGAAUCUUUGUCUCAUCAGACCAGAGAAUUUUGUUUCUCAAAGUGUUAGUCUUUCAGGUGCAUUUUGGCAAACUUUACACUAAGUAAUGGCUUCCGUCCGGACACUAUACCAUACAGGCCUGAUUGGUGGAUUUCUGCAGAGAUGUUUGUCCUUCUGGAAGGUUCUCCUCUUUCUACAGAGGAACACUGUAGCCCCGGCAGAGUGACCAUGGGGUUCUUGGUCACCUCCCUGACUAGACUAAGAUAAAUGCAGCAAUGUACAAAGACAUCAUGGAUAAAAACCAACGCUUCCCAUUCAACCUGAUGGAGCUUGAGAGGUGCUGCAAAGAGGAAUGGGUGAAACUGCUCAAAGAUGGGUGUGCCAAGCUUGUGACAUCAUAUUCAAAAAGACUCUUGGCUGUAAUUGCUGCCAAAGGUGCAUCAACAAAGUAGCUUCUUUUUUGGAACUACCUCAGGUAGAAAAAUGGUCCCAAGAAGAAUGUUGAAUACUUAUGUAAAUGUCAACUUUUUUUUUUUUUAUACAUUUGCAAAAAUACAAAAUAAAUAACUUCACGAUGUCAAUAUGGGGUAUUGUGUGUAGAAUUUUGAGGACAAAAUAGAUGUAUUCCACUUUAGAAUAAGGCUGUAACAUAACAAAAUGUUGAAAAAGUGAAGCCAUGUGAAAACUUUGCGAAUGCACUGCACAUCCAACUCUCUAAAACUUUGUGUGUUCACUGAAGCUCGUGCACCCUCUAAGAAUAAGUCCAGCAAGAAAAGCUGGUUGCUAAAUUCCACAUUGGAAACCUUGUUUACCAAAUUGGUAAGUUAUGUGGAUGUUUUCCAAAGUGGACUUGGUUUCUGUGUACAUAGGCUGACCUAGUAUUGUCGUUUGUUCUUUUUGCAUCCUGGGCCCUCAGCGUUUCUCAGGGAAGGUUAGCUCAGCGUGUCGUAAUUAUUCCCAGUAUGAGCCAGCAAAGUUUUGCAACAAAUCAAACCACUGACGUCCUGACAGGACAAUCCUUUUUUUUCAUAUAAUUUUGGGUUCUCCACCAUCUUUCAUCCUCUUUUUCUGAAGCCCUGGACACAAUCAGAUAAUUAUUUAAGGUGAAUUGCAUUGCAUUGUUUUUAUUUUAAUGCUUUUAUUUAUUGCACCAGGCAUCCAUCUGUUUUGGGCAGAAUGUUCCUCAACAUUUUUUUUCUCCUCUCUUUCCCCACCACCGCCUCUUUCGCAGUUUCGUCACCUUCACUGUCCCCCUGUGUCUUCCCUUCUUCUUCCUCCACAUUCACCUCAUCUUCCUCCUCCUACAUGGAGGCUGGUGAGGCCGAGGUGAGGCUGUUGCCCCCCUUGCUGAAGGACCAGGCUUGGGGGCUUCAUGCCCAG